GCUCUCAGCAGUUACAGACUCUGCAGGAAAGAUGAAGAAGAGCGUCUUUCCAAAUUUUGCUCUCAAGAAACUCGGCACCUUCGUCGCAAUCAUUGUGAUUUUUAUUCACAAUGUUGUGCUCGACAGGGAUUUGAAGUGCAAUUGUGAGGCUCCAGGUCGCGGCUGCAAUUUCUUCAUGGCUAUGCCGUUCGUUAUUAUAUUUGUUGUCCAACUCUGGACGGACAAGACGGUUCUGAGAGCCUGGAUAUAUACCUGUACCUGUAAAUGUACCUGGACCUGUAUCCGUGCCUGUGUCAGUAGUGUUUGGGCUUUCUUGUGUCAUAUCAUCAAAGCAGGGUUCAUAGGUUUGAUUUGGGUCAUCUCUGUGCUGAUCGAUGGAGACUGGUGGGUUUGCUGUAACAGUGGUAAACAGUUGGCCUGCAAAGACCCAAAAAACCUCACGGCUCAGAAUCAAACAACCAUCGCUGAACUGAAAAUCGAGUCCUUGAUUGCUGGCAUGUCGAUCCUCCUUGCUAUCCUGCUGGUUGCCUUUAUAUCAUCAUUGGUACCAAAGAACUGCUCUGAAGAAUCCAGGCGCUGCAACAUGAAGAUUCAAUAUUACAGUGCGUUUUUGGAUGAAGAGGAAAAUGUGCUGAAAGAAAAUUUGACAAAAUCAGCAAAAGACCAGUUGACUGAAAUCAUCAUUAACAACACAUGGGACAAAUGGUAUGGUGCUGCUGAAGAUGUGCUAAAGGAAUCUCCUGAACCAAGACUUUCUCAACAACAGCAGGAAGACCUGAAGAAAUACAAAAACCCGAGCAACAACAUCAACAAUGGCCAUGACGGAGCACGGGAUGAUGAAAUGGGCUGUACCACAGGAGAGCCAGGAGAAAAUCUCGCUCUUAUUGAGCGUCCUGAAGCAGCAGGAAACCAGGGAAUGGAAACAGAAAAUCCCUCCCUCCAUCUGUCCACACACUCGUCCGUCUGUCCAUCCAGUUACACUGUACCUCUUCCUGCUAAAUGUCCUCGGGGCAUUGACACCAGCUCAUGAGAGAAACUAAGAUGAACUCUCACUGGGGGACGAUGAGGAUCCAGGUUCAUCCGGCGUGCAGUAAAGAUGUGUGACGGUCACAUGUUGUCACUGUGUUUUAAUCUGUUCUCAUGUUUAUCAGUUAAUUCGGAGCUGUGCUUUGUAACGAGGGUUUAAAUGAAAUGUCUCUACUGUCAUUUAUAUUUUCUGUAUUUGUGUUUUAAUGACAUUUUUCACCUUCAUCAGAUCAGUGUGUUUUAGCUUUUACAGCUUGUAACGUUAGCUAAAGUUAGCAUGCUAACAUUCAGAGUUUCGUCUGUAUUUCAUUGCUUAAUAAAUGAAUGACAUUCCCAUCA